GGGUGGGGGGUGGGGGUGGUGUUGAGCUAUAGGCUGUAGCUUGCUGGCCUUUGCCUUAAAAGAUUUUGUUCUUGGGCAGGGGAUUUAGCUCAGUUGUGGUGCUGCCUGCCUCACAAGCGCAAGGUCCCAAGUUUGAUCCCUGGCACCAAAAAACAAACAAACAAACAAAAACGAUUCUGUUCAUUCCAGGUCAACAUUGAAGUCUCAGACCAUUCUGCCAAAUGCACAGGGCGAGGAUUCUGCCAAGCAUGGUUUCCCACUCAGAGCUGAGGAGGCUGUUCUGCGCAGCGGACGCCGUGUGCUUCGAUGUGGACAGCACGGUGAUCCGGGAGGAGGGCAUCGACGAGCUGGCCAAGUUCUGCGGCGUGGAGGAUGCAGUGUCAGAGAUGACGCGGCGGGCCAUGGGCGGGGCAGUGCCCUUCCGAGCUGCGCUGACUGAGCGCCUGGCCCUGAUCCGGCCUUCCAGGGAGCAGGUGCAGAGACUGCUGGCUGAGCACCCGCCACACCUGACCCCCGGCGUGAGGGAGCUGGUAAGUCGCCUGCAGGAGCGCGGAGUUCAGGUUUUCCUAAUCUCUGGUGGCUUUAGGAGUAUUGUAGAGCAUGUUGCCUCCAAGCUCAAUAUCCCAGCAGCCAAUGUGUUUGCCAAUAGGCUGAAAUUCUACUUUAACGGUGAAUAUGCGGGUUUCGAUGAGACACAGCCAACAGCCGAAUCUGGUGGGAAAGGAAAAGUAAUAAAAUUUUUAAAGGAAAAAUUUCAUUUUAAGAACAUAAUCAUGAUCGGAGAUGGCGCCACAGACAUGGAAGCCUGCCCGCCCGCUGAUGUUUUCAUUGGAUUUGGAGGAAAUGUGAUCAGGCAACAAGUAAAGGACAAUGCCAAGUGGUAUAUCACUGAUUUUGUGGAGCUUCUGGGAACACUGGAAGAAUAAUGUAAAUUUUUACGCACCUUGUAACAAAACUUUCGAUUAACUUUUUUUUUUUUUUUUUUUGCGGUGCUGGGCAUUGAACUCAGGACCUUGUGCUCGCGAGGCAG